UAUAUUUGUCUUGUUUCUAACAUUACUGUUUAAUAAUCUUUUCUACAGGUGCAAGGAUAACACGAUCUUGAAAAUGACAGAUCAAUCAGCUGGCAAAGGACCGCCAAGUGUUAUUAUGCUGGUGUUUUCAGUCCUUACACACAUCCUCUUGUUGGCACCAGUAAUAUACAUCGUGACUUUGGCUUUUGAGAAGUACAGCUUCUUCUCGUGGCAUCCGAUUUGCAUGACCGUCGGGGUCGGUCUUCUGAUAACCGAGGCGAUAUUCAACGUUUCCGGCGAAGCUUACAUCGGCUGGAAGGUGUCCCGGGUCAACCGAGUAACACUCCAUUGGAUCCUACACACUUUGGGUCUGGGAUUAGUAUUAAUCGGGCUGAUCAUCAUCGUGGUGAACAAGACGGUCAACAACCAUCCACAUUUCAUGACGCCUCACUCGAUCCUUGGCUUGGUCAGCAUCAUCCUUGCGUUUUUCACAGCGGCGUUCGGCAUCGUUACCAACAACUCCAGGUGGUUGUAUCCGCGGUUCAGGCCGGUUCUCUUGAAAAUCGUGCACGCGUUCGGCGGCAUCGUCGUGGCGAUCCUCUUGCUCGCCACGUUGAUCACGGGGACAUAUACGAGAUGGUGGCCUGGCGGCUACACUGGAAGAAGCCUGACGUUCACGGCGUUCUUCAUUGCUGGCUUUUUUAUCCUUCUGAAGCCGGUUCUCGGCGCUGUCUCGAGGAGCAGAGUGGUCUUCGGCCCGCCACCUUCUGCCACCACGUCACCGAGGAUCCAUCUCGUACGCGGACAGCGAGGAUCCUUCUCCACUUGUUCGUCCCUUUGAGCAAAGGAUCGAUGGCAAAGGACGAUUAUUUAUCCUCCCCCUCCUCAACGUCCACUUCAAUC